GGAAACCUUCAUUCCAAUUCCAACUUGCCAACACCCGAGACGAAGCACGAAAGGGAACGACAGGCUUCUCUUUGCUGGAGCGACAUAUACCCAUAUAUCCUAUCGUCAUCCAUAGUGCAGUACAGCCAGAGAGAUCAGCGGUUCCGCCGUCCAGUCUCAGCUUUCAGUACCAGCAGCCUGCCAUUGCCGGCGCAACGUUGCGAACCGACAAGCACUAAAGCAACCCAAGAUUCUGGAGACACCCUCGUCGAGGUUGCGUACAGCCGCCACAGUACCUACGGCGUUCACAACUGCCUUGUCACGGCUACCCACGGAGGAGGCAUCCCAUUGCCAAAGCAUGCCGGCCGCGGCAAGCACCCAUGAAAACGACCGCAGACCGGACCCACGGCCGACAGAUCCCGAAGUCGAAGGACAGCCGCCACAGCCUGCCAAACCGAAAGAAACAAGGAUGUGGAAAGCGUUGCUGGAACGGGAGCGGGAGCGACGGAAGGCGCGGAGAGAACAGCCGAAGGAGAAUUGGGAUGAGAUUUGCUUUGUUGCUGUCAAACAGACGGACGAACGACGAAAGCGGAACCUGCCACCUUACACGAAACUCGUAUGUUUCCAGCGUCGAACAGACACGACGGAACAGGGAGGGGUAUCGCAGACGGCGCAUCGGGUGCAUAUGCUUGUAUCGCAGGAUCUAGCAGAGUCCGCGCAGCAUCUUGAGGGAAUGUCGCAGAUGAUGGAGGAGGUGUCGGAUACUGCCGUUGAGAGCAAGGUUGAGGUUAAGGAAGCCCAGAAGUCUUUGCUCAAAGCCAAAGAGCCUCCUAAGUUGACGACAAUAGAAUACCUAAAACGCAUCUACCGCCCCAACAUCGAGCUCUAUACCAACUACGGCAAAAGCUGGGAGAACGGCAAUUCGCGUCGGCUAUUGGAAAGCUACAUUGGGAGCGUGUGGAAAGGCGACCCGGUGCGAUUGGCGUCGCAAUGCGUGGUGAAGUGGAAGGAGUGGAUAGCCCAGUUGCAGAAAUAGGUCGUGUGACGGGGAGGGAUCGGGG